UGUCCAGUGUGAGUGCUGCACGUGUGAAAUGUGAGUGUAACAAUCAUUUUCCUAAAUUAAUCACCUCCACUUUACCGGUAAUCUGAAGUCUCAUUGUCCACCGGUACCUCUCUCUUUCUCUCUGGCGAAAUGACGAUCGAGAUGCUAGGGCUCUCGCUCUGGCCCCACCGAAAGCCCUGCUUAAGCUACGGCGCAAACACCAUUGCUCGCCGUUCGGACUUCAACCCUCUAGUUCCACGAAAAUGGUGUCGUAACCUUCUCCCAAACCGGCGCCGAUUCUCGGCUCCCAAUCUCAUUCUCUCCAGCUCCCUGGAGACUGAACCACUGACGCGAGACGGCGCGUUUCUGCAAGAGCGCAACCGUGAAAAGUCAUCGCUUCUUCUCGAUGUCUCGGGAAUGAUGUGCGGGGCCUGCGUGUCCCGAGUCAAAUCGGUUCUCUCCGCCGACGACCGAGUCGACUCGGUGGUGGUCAACAUGUUGACCGAGACCGCGGCUGUCAAACUGAAGCCCGAGACCGCGGAGAUCGACUUGUCGGCGAAUGUUGCGGAGAAUUUGGCUCGGAGGCUGACGGAGUGUGGGUUUCCGACGAAGAGGAGGGUUUCGGGGAUGGGUGUGACGGAGAGUGUGAAGAAUUGGAAGGAGAUGUCGAAGAAGAAACAGGAAUUGCUCGUUAAGAGUCGGAAUCGCGUGGCUUUCGCCUGGACUUUGGUGGCCUUGUGUUGCGGAUCGCACGCUUCGCAUAUCUUGCAUUCUCUUGGGAUUCACGUCACUCACGGAGCGUUCUGGGAGGUACUUCAUAAUUCGUAUGUAAAGGGCGGUUUGGCUGUGGGGGCUCUACUGGGACCUGGACGAGACUUGCUUUUUGAUGGUCUGAGGGCAUUCAAAAAGGGUUCACCAAAUAUGAAUUCUCUAGUGGGAUUUGGGUCCAUAGCAGCAUUUAUCAUUAGCGCGGUCUCACUUCUUAACCCAGGGCUUGAAUGGGAUGCAUCAUUCUUUGAGGAGCCGGUCAUGCUUCUUGGUUUCGUGCUCCUUGGACGUUCUCUGGAAGAAAGGGCGAGAAUCAGGGCAUCAAGUGAUAUGAAUGAACUUUUAUCACUGAUAUCCACUCAGUCACGACUUGUGAUUAUGUCCUCUGAAAGUGAUCCGAAUGCUGAUAGUGUACUUUGCUCGGAUGCAAUAUGUGUCGAGGUCCCAACUGAUGAUAUUCGAGUAGGAGACUCUGUGUUGGUUUUGCCUGGAGAAACUAUUCCUGUAGAUGGAAGAGUUGUUUCAGGAAGAAGUGUUGUGGAUGAAUCCAUGCUUACAGGAGAAUCACUUCCUGUGUUUAAGGAAAAAGGCCUCACAGUCUCUGCUGGCACAAUAAAUUGGGAUGGCCCUUUGAGGAUUGAAGCCUCUUCCACUGGUGCCAACUCAAUGAUAUCCAAGAUUUUUCGCAUGGUUGAGGAUGCCCAAGGUCAUGAAGCUCCUAUACAAAGGCUUGCAGAUUCAAUAGCUGGGCCAUUUGUAUAUGCUGUAAUGACUCUUUCAGCUGCUACAUUUGCAUUUUGGUAUUAUAUUGGGACACACGUUUUUCCAGAUGUUUUGCUCAAUGAUAUUGCUGGGCCAGAAGGAGAUCCUUUGCUUUUGAGCUUGAAACUUUCUGUGGAUGUAUUGGUAGUUUCUUGCCCAUGCGCACUAGGUCUUGCCACACCCACAGCAAUCCUAGUUGGCACCUCUCUUGGAGCAAGACAAGGACUUCUUAUAAGAGGAGGAGAUGUAUUGGAACGCUUGGCCAGCAUAGAUUAUGUCGCUUUAGAUAAGACAGGGACACUCACAGAAGGAAAACCUGCUGUUUCUGCUGUGGCUUCCUUUGUUUAUGAAGAAUCUGAAAUUCUUCAAAUUGCUGCUGCAGUAGAGAAAACGGCAUCACAUCCAAUUGCAAAGGCUAUUGUAAAAAAAGCUGAAUCAUUAUAUUUGGAUAUCCCAGUCACAAGAGGACAAGUAACAGAACCAGGUUUCGGAACCCUAGCAGAAGUAGAUGGGCGUUUGGUAGCAGUUGGUUCUCUAGAGUGGGUUCAUGAACGGUUCCAUAGGAGAACAAGCAUGUCUGAUAUAAUGAAUCUAGAGCAUGCUGUGAUGCAACAUUCAUCAACAGGCAUAUCAUUGGCAAACUGUUCAAAAACAGUUGUUUAUGUUGGACGUGAAGGAGAAGGCAUCAUUGCUGCUAUUGCAAUAUCUGAUAGUUUACGUCAUGAUGCUGAAUCUACUGUGACCAGGCUCCAGCAGAAGGGUAUCAAAGCAGUUGUUGUAUCAGGAGACAGGGAAGAGGCAGUUGCAACUAUUGCGAAGACAGUUGGAAUAGGAAGUGAUUGUAUCAAUGCUUCCUUGACUCCACAGCAGAAAUCUGAAGUUAUAUCAACUCUAAAAUCUGCUGGGCAUCAUGUUGCUAUGGUAGGUGAUGGCAUAAAUGAUGCACCCUGUCUGGCUCUUGCCGAUGUUGGGAUUGCUCUGCAGAUUGAAGCACAAGAGAACGCCGCAUCAGAUGCAGCAUCCAUUGUACUUCUUGGAAACAAACUUUCACAAGUUGUAGAUGCAUUGGAACUUUCACGGGCAACAAUGUCGAAAGUGUACCAAAAUUUGUCAUGGGCGAUAGCAUACAAUGUGGUUGCCGUUCCCAUAGCCGCUGGAGUACUCCUUCCCCAGUAUGAUUUUGCCAUGACACCUUCACUAUCAGGUGGGCUGAUGGCUCUGAGCUCGAUAUUUGUUGUCACUAACUCGUUGCUUCUACAGUUCCAAGGGCCUCAGAAAAGCAGAAAGACCUAGCUUUGAAUCAGAUGCCAGUUCCGGAUUGAGUUUUUUUUAUUUUCUUUUCUUUCCUAGUAAAGGAUGAGUUUGCUUCUAUGAUUUAAAAAUAAUAUUAAUAAUAAUAAAAUAAAAGGGAUUUGAGUGUGUGCA